AUGUCGAAUUCUCAGAAGGGCGAUGCGCCAGGAUCGCAGUCGGAUGCAGACCUUGCUCAGGCCUUCAAAGAGCUGCAGCGUGGCGAACAGACGGCUGCCGCCCUAGAAAGUCACCUCGAUUCCCUUGAAAAGAAAAUAGAGGAAAUUUUGGCGCAAGCAGAAAAGGCAGAGCAAGAAUUAAAGGCCGAGGCAGAUGCUGAAGAGCAGUCUGCAUCCGAAACGAAGCCCAACACAAAGAACUCAUCCUAG